UAUUUGAUAUUGCAGAAAUAUUUGCAUAAAAGAUAUUAAUUCAAAAAAUUCAGUGAAGAGAAAAUACCGCUUAUUGACAAAAUUUAACCGGUUACACUGUCAGAACGAAAAAACUGUUUUUCUCACUAACCACGUAAGAGGCAAGGAUGGGACGAGUUAUCCGCGCACAGAGAAAGGGUGCGGGGAGCGUCUUCCGCUCUCACACCAAACAUCGCAAGGGAGCCCCAAGACUUCGCGCCUUGGACUUUGCCGAACGUCAUGGUUACACUAAGGGUGUUGUAAAGGAUAUCAUCCACGACCCUGGCCGUGGUGCUCCCCUAGCCGUGGUCCACUUCAGAGACCCCUAUAGGUUUAAAACUCGCAAGGAGUUGUUCAUCGCCCCAGAAGGCAUGUACACCGGUCAGUUCUUGUACUGCGGAAGGAAGGCCACUCUCAACAUUGGCAAUGUUAUGCCUGUGGGUCAGAUGCCCGAAGGAACCAUCGUGUGCAACCUCGAGGAGAAGACCGGCGACCGAGGCCGUCUGGCUAGGGCUUCUGGCAACUAUGCUACCAUUAUUGCCCACAACCCCGACACAAAGAAGACACGCGUCAAGCUGCCUUCAGGCGCCAAGAAAGUUAUGCCCUCAAACAACCGUGCCAUGGUUGGCAUUGUUGCUGGAGGUGGUCGUAUUGACAAGCCUGUGUUGAAGGCCGGCCGUGCGUACCACAAGUACAAGGCUAAGCGCAACAGCUGGCCUAAGGUACGUGGUGUUGCCAUGAACCCUGUUGAGCAUCCCCACGGUGGUGGUAACCAUCAACAUAUUGGUAAGGCCUCGACCGUCAAGAGAGGAACAAGUGCUGGUCGCAAGGUCGGUCUCAUUGCUGCCAGAAGAACAGGUAGGAUCAGAGGAGGAAAGACGAGCCAAAACAAAGAUGAUUAGGCUUAAUCUGUAUGUCCUCUGUGAAAAACCAAUAAAUUCGUUCCAUCUUGUACACAAUGCAAUUUUUAAACUUAUCUUACACACCCAAAAGGUA